GUAGUCGGCAAAGAGGAAACCCAUCCCGAUAGUUUUCUGAAUUUAAUCAAAUUACAAAUACUGAUUUAACACAUCUAUGAUCUAUCCAUCGGCUGUUCUCGGAAUUUAUUGACAAUUGCUUUUGAAUCUUUGUUGUGUAGUUUCACAAUCAGGAAUAUCGAUUGAUCGAUCAUUGAUUUAUCAUUUUCUGCUUAAAAUUAGUUAGGACAAUGAGCGCCGUAUUCGAAGGUUACGAAAAGCAGUAUUGCGAGCUCUCUGCGAAUUUGUCCAACAAGUGUGCGUCAACCAACCACCUUGAUGGAGAGCAAAAAAAGCAGAAGAUUUCCGAAAUAAAAGUUGGACUGGAUGAGGCAGAAGCAUUGAUUAGGAAGAUGGAUUUGGAGGCUCGUGCCUUGCAGCCAAAUAUUAAGGCAGUGCUGCUUGCUAAGUUAAGAGAGUAUAAGUCUGAUCUGAACAAUUUGAAAAGUGAAGUUAAACGAAUUGUAUCGACAAACUUGAACCAAGCCGCCCGGGAUGAGCUGCUGGAGGCAGGAUUGGCAGAUACACUUGCAGUGUCUGCAAAUCAAAGGGAUAGAUUACUAGUGACAACUGAACGGCUGGAUAAUUCGAGUAACAGGAUCAAGGAUAGUAGGAAGGUCAUGCUGGAAACAGAAGAACUUGGCGUUUCACUUCUUCAAGAUUUGCAUCAGCAGCGACAGUCUCUCUUGCAUGCUGAUAACACAUUGAGUGGUGUUGACAAUAACGUAGGCAGAAGCAAGAAAAUUUUAACCAACAUGACGAGAAGGAUGAGUCGGGACAAGUGGAUGAUAGGUGGUAUAAUCACGGUACUGGUUAUCGUGAUUGCUCUGAUCUUAUACUUUAAAUUGGCCAAGUAACCAAGGCUUUUAAAGUGUGUAAUUGUGCUUGUUUUUAUGCUUCUUGAUCCAUUGCUCUGAGUGAAACUGCCAACUACCUUUGUUUUUUGUGUAGCUGUAAAUUUGAAGUUUCUAGAUGUGAAGCACUGCAAUGUUUGCGCUUGUUUUGUCUGUGUAUUCGCAAAGAAUUAUAUAUAUAUUUAUCAACAGUUUUGAAUUACAUAAAGUUAAA